GUCAUGAAUGAGAUGAGAGAUUCCAUUUUUCAUGGCCUAAAUCAAUGUUUCUUCUCCCACUUCUAAAAAGGUUGUCUUUUGUGACAACUAAUCAUAUUCUAAAUUCUCUUUUUUAUGGGAAAUUUUUUUGUAUUUCUUUAUUUAUUUAUCUCCAGAUUUGAUGAUCUGUAAGAAUCUCUCUUUUAUUGGGAUUGCAAUUUCGAAAGUCCAAAACUUUAGCCAACUCUGUUUUUUUUUUCUUUUCUUUCAUUAAUCAAAUAUCAAACUUCACAUCUCCUCCUUCUCUCUGUUUCGCCAUGGACACUCUCAUUGCUCAGUUACAGAGACAAUUUCGUGAUUACACCAUUUCUCUUUAUCAGCAGGGGUUUCUGGAUGAUCAAUUCACUGAAUUGAAAAAGCUGCAAGAUGAAUGUAGUCCUGAUUUUGUGGCUGAGGUUGUUACUCUUUUCUUUGAAGACUGUGAGAAGCUUAUCAGUAAUAUGGCUAGAGCUUUAGAUCAGACAGGAAAUGUUGAUUUUAAGCUGGUGGGUUCUAGUGUUCACCAACUCAAAGGUAGUAGCUCAAGUGUUGGCGCCAAGAAAGUCAAAGGUCUUUGUGUUACCCUCAAGGAGUGCUGCGACUCUCACAACUUCGAAGGGUGUGUGAGAUGUUUGCAGCAGGUGGAUAUCGAGUACAAGACAUUAAGGGCAAAACUUCAAGAUCUGUUCAAUCUUGAGCAACAGAUUGUCCAAGCUGGUGGUAGAAUCCCUCAGGUGGAUAUAUAAAAACUAGACUGGUCAAGAACAGAACACUACUAAUACGUGGAUUUGUUGGUGAUGAUCCGUUUGCAUUCUUCAGGCACUACUAAUACGUGGAUUUGUUGUUUUGAAAAAGCCUCUUUAGAAUGUGUGGUAAAGAGAGAUGAUUGUUGUUCAUAGAUCAGUACUAUGUAACUUUUUAAUAUCAUCUAUUUUGACUCUUGAAUCUUGAUGGUGAUCUUAUUCUGAAUAGCAUGAAUUUGCAUUUUGUAAGACCA